ACGAACAGGGCGAUUUUAAAGUUCUCGGUAGAUUCAAAAUGACCACGAAUACAAAAGAUGGCAUCACCAUACGGAUAAUGACAGAAGAGGACUAUAUACAGGUGAAACCUUUUAUGAGGGAACAAUUUUGGCUUAAUGGCGAACCACUGUGCGCCUCUUCUGGCGAAGAUGUGCAAAAGUGUAUGGAGGAUGAGAACGAUGAGUAUCAUUUAUCGAUGAUCAACCAAGGCACCUGCCUUCUCGCCACAGAUGAGAAUCAAAAUGGACGAAUUGUCGGCAUAGUAUUGGCUGGUGGUCAAAUUGCCAGCGAUCUUAAAAAGCAUCAAGAAGAAGCCGCUACGAUGGAAAAUCAUUUUUGGGGUCGUGCCAAUCGUUUGUUAUCUAAACUCGAAUUGGAGGCAAAUGUAUACAAACGUUUUGGCGUCGAUAAGUCCAUUUAUUCACACAUCACCAAUGUUGAUGCAUCAAUAAGAGGUAAGGGAUUGGGAUCGCGUCUCGCUGCUACACUAAUGGAAGUGGGUCGAUCCAAAGGCUUUCCCUUAAUGAUAGCCUAUUGUACGAGUUACUAUUCCGCCAAGCAAAAGAAUGCCCUUGGCAUGGAGUGCGUACAUUCAAUUACCUAUGCCGACUACAAGGAUGAAAAAGGAAAUGUGAUCUUCAAACCAGCUGCACCACAUACCAAAGUUCAACUAAUGGCUAUUAAACUUUAGGUGAUUCACUUGUUAAUUAGCUUGGUUAUAAAUUGUAAUAAAAACAAUCAAUUAAAAGAAA